AUGAGACUACUUUCUCUAGGAAAGUCAAAAUACAAUUCGUCCGAAUUAUACGGUUGUUUACAUAAGUGCAAUGUUUUGGUUAAUUUAUUUGAAGAUGCAAUCAAUAUUCUGAAAAGCUACAAAAUAGUUUUUAAACUUAAAUCAUCAUGCGGACUUGUUGAUUUCUUUGAAAAAUACAAGACCGAAUUUGCAUCUGAUUUAGGAUCAAAAACCGAAAUUCAAAAUCUUCAGUUAAAGCUAUCUAAACUUGAAAAUGACAACCUUCAAUUAACACAAUCCAUCAAUGAUUUCAAAAACAUUUCCCAAUUACGUGAAUCAGAAGAUUUCGAAAAAAUUUACAAUUUAUUAAAAAAUUUUUCAGAAAUAGGCUAUAAAGAAAAGAUAUCUCUUUCAUCUGCACUCAAAUUAAAUGAGAAACGAAAUGAACACGAGCAAACCCCACUCCUUCACUCAUGUAAAAUUGGUGAUUUUCAAUUAACGAAAUCUCUCAUUGAAGGUGGUUGUAAUAAAGAUGUAGUUAGUAAGUAUGGAAAUAACUGUUUAAUGGUUGCAUCUAGCAAUGGACACAUUGACAUUGUUAAAUAUUUGAUUGAAAUUGGUUUUGACAAGGAUUGGCGAAAUAAAACUGAUGGAUUUAAUGCAAUACUUUUUGCAUCACAAGAAGGUCAUCUUGAAGUUAUUAAAUAUCUACAAAGCAUUGGAUGUGAUGUAAAUUCUAAAACAAAUGAUAAUUCAAAUUGUAUUUACUUAGCAUCAUCUCAAGGUCAUCUUGAAACAGUCAAAUAUCUUAUUUCAUGUGGAGUUAAUCCAAAUGAAAAAGAUAAUGAUGGAUUUAAUGCGAUACUUAAUGCAUCACAAGAAGGUCAUCUUGAAGUCAUUAAAUAUCUUCAAAACAUUGGAUGUGAUGUAAAUUCUAAAACAAAUGCUAAUGCAAAUUGUAUUUACUUAGCAUCAUUUAAUGGUCAUCUUGAAACAGUCAAAUAUCUUAUUUCAUGUGGAGUUAAUCCAAAUGAAAAAGAUAAUGAUGGAUUUAAUGCGAUACUUAAUGCAUCAUUAAAAGGUCAUCUUGAAGUCAUUAAAUAUCUUCUAAUGAAUGGGUGUAACAAAAAUGAUAAAACAAAUACUAAUGAUACAUCACUUCAUUGGGCGGCUGCAAAUGGUCAUUUUAAUGUUGUUGAAUUUUUAGUUUCAAUUCGUGUCAACCUUAACGAAAAAAACAAAGAUGGAAAAACAGCACUUGAUUUGGCAUAA